AUGAAGGUCUGUUUCCCCAGAUUGAUUGGAGCGGACCUGCUCCGUGGCCGAUACAAGAGCAAAGGCAGGGGUUUCGGAAAAUGCAGUAUCCUCUGUUUCCUUGGUGGCAGAAACGUGUUUGGAAUCCUGCGAACAGAUUUGACCGCAAGUCAUUUCGCGAAAAUACAGAACAACAACCAUUUGUUCAUAUCUAUCUAUCUAUCUAUCUAUCUAUCUAUCUAUCUAUCUAUCUAUCUAUCUAUCUUCAUGUCUUUCUUUCUUUCGAUCUAUCUAUCACUGACUGUUCAUAUCUAUCUAUCUAUCUAUCUAUCUUCAUGUCUUUCUUUCUUUCGAUCUAUCACUGACUGUUCAUAUCUAUCUAUCUAUCUAUCUAUCUAUCUAUCUAUCUAUCUAUCUAUCUUCAUGUCUUUCUUUCUUUCGAUCUAUCUAUCACUGACUGUUCAUAUCUAUCUAUCUAUCUAUCUAUCUAUCUAUCUAUCUAUCUCUCAGUCUCCUCGUAUUAUGUUCAUAUCUAUCUAUCUAUCUAUCUAUCUAUCUAUCUAUCUAUCUAUCUAUCUCAGUGUGUUCAUAUCUAUCUAUCUAUCGAUUUAUCUAUCUCACUCAAUAGCUAUUCAAUACCUCUCUCAAUCUAUCUAUCUAUCUAUCUAUCUAUCUAUCUAUCUAUCUAUCUAUCUAUCUAUCUAUCUAUCCGAUUCCGUUGAUAUCUAUCUAUCUAUCUAUCUAUCUAUCUAUCUAUCUAUCUAUCUAUCUAUCUAUCUAUCUAUCUAUCUAUCUAUCUAUCUCCAUCCAUCUCAGUCUAGGCACACCUGUCCCGUGGAGCAGAACUUUGCAUACAAUGUCGCUUCUUACAUGUGCAGGCGAACUGAAAAUUUUCUCAACUUUUUCGAUGAUAAGGCGAAGAAAUAUCUCCGGGCUGUAAAGCGAUGUCAUAUGGAAGCUUUGGUUCCUAUUUACAAGUCGGAGCUAGCUACUUGUGCCCAAAUCGAGGCUGUCGGUCUUGAUAUUCUCACUGGUGGAAUUUUACCCCCUUCUGUCGAUGACAUCAGCUGCUUUUUUCAAAACAAGACAUUCUGCGAACGAAAGCCGGCCAACAACUUCGAAGGACUUACGCAUUUACUUUCUAAGGCGCAUUACGGGCGUCCGGUGACGGCAAACGAAGGCCGGCCAACAACUUCGACGGACUUACGCGCUUACCUUCUAAGGCGCAUUACGGGCGUCCGGCGACCGCUAAAGAAGGCUGACAAGUAUGCCACCAAAUCAGGGAGAUUAUCCUCUCCUGACUAA